UAUACUAAUUUCUGCGUUUUUAUCAGUUGCGGCACCGCCAAAUUGUCCCCAGCUUAGACUUAUCCACUUCCUCUGAUGGUACUGAAAACUUGGAUUGUCGACUUGUAUUCGAUCGAAGACAAGUGUUGCUCUCGUCUGUGGGAGUUAUAGCAACUUCCAUUUGUAAUGCUGGAAGGGCUUCAGCUGAAUUUGCUGACAUGCCUGCUUUGAGAGGAAAGGACUAUGGGAAGACAAAGAUGCGGUAUCCUGACUAUACUGAAACUCAAUCAGGUCUCCAGUAUAAGGAUUUGAGAGUUGGAAGUGGUCCCACUCCGAAGAUCGGAGAUACAGUGGUGGUUGACUGGGAUGGUUACACAAUAGGUUAUUAUGGUCGCAUAUUUGAAGCUCGUAACAAGACGAAAGGUGGUUCUUUUGAGGGGGGUGAUAAGGACUUCUUCAAAUUCAGAGUAGGAUCUCAAGAGGUCAUACCGGCAUUCGAGGAAGCUAUUACUGGGAUUGCACUUGGAGGUAUCAGAAGAAUCAUAGUUCCUCCGGAGCUGGGAUACCCCGAUUAUGACUAUGAUAAGAAAGGUCCAAGACCAACAACAUUUUCGGGACAAAGAGCUUUGAGUUUUGUGCUGAGGAACCAAGGAUUGAUUGAUAAGACACUCCUGUUUGAUAUUGAACUUCUCAAAAUCAUACCAAAUUGAAGUUCCUUUUUGCUCAGUUUUCGCCAUGACAAGAUUAACUUCCAGUAGGAUGAAAGGAGUAUCAAGACUGAUCAUUCCUUAUAGAGGUUUAAGAUCAAACACAUCAAAUUGUUGAAAGAUUGAUUUUGAAAAGCACUGUAGUAACAAUGAUGGGGUGUAAGGUAUUGUUGAUGUAACAACAUCCCUUGUGUUCAUAGAUAUUUGACUGUUUCUUGUGAAAGUGAUCCUUCAAGA